CAUGGAUGUCUCCAACUUUGCUGCGUUGAAGAAGAAGCUGGCCAAGGAGCCGAAGAAGAAGAAGGAGACGGGGGUUCAGAAACCCGUCGAUGAUUUCUUCCGGAAGGAUGGGGCUGUUCAGGUCCCGGAGGGUGAGGGACCCUCUCAAGCUGUUGAUACCGGUGCUGGUGCCGGGGGCUCCAAGGCGGAGCAAAAGAGGAAAAACUCCGGCAAGGGCGUGAUGCCUCCGGAGAAGAAGAAGAAGAAGAAGAAGAAGAAGGGGGCCCCCGAGAAGACGGACGCCCCCGUUGUCAUUGUUGAAGAGCACUCUUCCUCCUCCCCCUCAGCAAAUGCUCCUCCUCCCCCUGGGGACCAAGGCAACAACCUGGCCUGGCCCCGGGAUGAUGUGCAGUUCUCUAUCACCAAGGGAACUGCCAUCAUGCAUGGCACCCUCAACCCGAGGGAGUUCCUGAAGGGUGCCACGCCCCCGACUGACAAGUCGGUGCUCUCAAAGGCUAAGGAUGAUGCCCUUAGUGCCAAGGUGCUCCAAGCCUCCGUUACUGCUGCCCUCGGGCUUGGGGAACUGCUCCAGAGGAUGGAGCAAUAUCAGGCGCAAAAGCGUCAGGCUGAUGAGGCUCUGGCGGAGUCCCGGCGGCAACUUCAAGAAGCCCAAGAGACCCUCCGGCUGGAGAAGAUGGCAUUCAAUGGCAUCCUCGAAAAUAAUAAAGUGAUUGCCAGAGCCGAGGGGAAGGCUGAUGCAGAGAGGGCCGCUGCCGAAGCCGCCAAGGUUGCCGCCGAGGAGGCCGAGGCAGCCAAGAAGGAAGCUGUCGCCGAGGCUGAGAAGAACGCCAUCGCCGCUUUUGCCGCUGAGGGGUGGAGGGCCGAAGACCGGAAAGGAUGGGUGGCCUCGGUCAUAGAGCAGGGGGUGGAUGCCUGGGUGAAAGGUUCUGGUGCCGAAUGGUUAGCCCGAAAGGGCAAAGAUUACUAUGAUGGUGGAGAGUUUUUCACUCAAAACCUUAUCUACCGGAGGCUCGCCAGGCACUUCAAGAUUGAUCCCAAGAAGUUCGACCCAACGGCAUAUGGCCUCCCCCUUCUGCAGCCAGACGUAAGAGUCCCCCUUCCCGAGGGAGAAGAAAGGCCGGACCUAGAGGAUUCCGAGC